AACAAUACUUUAACUUUGACAGCACAAACUUGUAAGAAAGUAAAUAUUCAAUAUCAAAUAAAAAAAAAAAAAAAAAAAACACAGCUAAGCACAAUGGCAAAUAGAAGGCGCUUGGUAUCGAUACUACAGUCCGUGGAACAGGUGGGCGAUCAGACAAGGAACAAUACAUUUUCCAUAAGCUCGAACAGCACAGCAGCCAUGUAUAUUGAGACUGGUACCUUGAAAGGUGUGACGCUACGCGACGGGAAGGAAAUGAUUGAGGACAUUGUUGAUGGUAUAUUUGAUGCGAAUAUUGGAGUGGCCAAUUUGUCCAGUUCGCAGCCCUCGCUUACCGAUACCUUUGAGAGUUCUGAGGAAAUGGAUGAGCGCUUGAAGCGUUGGCAGGACAUGUUAAGGGAUCGCUUAAAGAUGCAGGAGCGAAUAUGGCGAAAGACAGGAAAAAGUCCCAAUGAAAUGCUUUUCAAUCUUCCCCCGUCCGUGGAGCAGCGUGAAAAGGGUACAGUUCACCGAUUGAUGGACUAUGCGAGCCGUAUGAAUCCUAUAAGACUAAAACAGAAGAUUCCCGACGUUCUUCCCCAGCGACUUGAUAGACAGACGGGCACAUGUCUACUUGAAGUACAGGAGACUCUGCCCCAAGCUGAAAGAACUGGCACAACUUCAGUGGAAAUAAGUGGACUUCCCAAAUCGACAAAGAGAGAAAUACUCUCUCCACCUAGAGGACUCGCUGUUACGAGUCCAAAACAAAAUAAAAACAAAUGGUAUAACUCCAAAGAGCUGGAAAAUCAAAUACUGGCAAAGGACGAAGAUAUCAGGCGAGUAUUGGAGUUCUGUCCGGAUAUAAGUGGACUUGAAGUAGUCGGUAAUAAUCACAACAAAUUCUAUCACACCGAGCACAUUGACCUGCUGCAUAGUGAGCAUAUUUAUACGGUCAGUACCAGUACCGAAAGUUAUCAUGAAAGUCAGAAAUCGAGCGAGGUUGACUGUCAUCAACAGUUGCCGCCAGAAGAUAUUAAAGUUGGCAUUAAGAUAAAUGACAUGGUAUAUACUGCGGAGCAGAAGCGUCACAUUUCUGUUGGCGACUUGCAGUUCCAUUUUGAAUGCGAACCAUACCAAGUUCAAGUUAAGGAGGUUUUUCGCUUGGAAAAUAUUGGCAAGAAGGUUAUGAUUUGUGAGUGGACCAGGCAUUUCGAGACCCACCAGAGAACACAAGAUUGGGAGGAUUGCGAAAAUUGUUUCCUUUUCGAUCGCAAAUUACUUAUACUCUUUCCCGGUGAGGUUUACAUAUCGAAGGUCCUUUUUCAGCCAUCUGUCGUCUCGCUGAGCAAACAGAGCUGGGAGCUAAAAACCUUUCCCAAUAUCUUUUGUACUCCACGUGGUGCACUUGUCGUUUACUUUAUUGGCAAGUGUGUGGUACCGUUAAUGUAUGCAGAGAAGAUUAACCGACUACUCCAGUUUGUUAUCGAUAAAAGCACUGACCAGGCAAUUAGAAAGUUGAGCACAAAUCAGGGUGAAUUGGCACCGCUCUUAGAGUCAGCGGAGAGGUUGCUGCCCUGUGGAAGGGACCUUGAUGAACGCGAGCUAUUCAAUGCUCUAAAUGUGGGUUACCAUUGCAAACGGUUUGAGGAUCUGGAAGACCUGCGAGUUCUGCACAAUGCUCUGAAAACGCCACGCGAACCAAUAUGGGAUCUGCGACUUGAUACUAUUAAGAAGAUUAUCUUGCGCCUUCCUAUUCUUGAAUAUCGAGAAUCCUAUUUUAACAAGUUUAUCGAUAUACAGCAAUCAAUGAAAUCUUGUGGCGAUACUCAGUUUUCUACCUUUGAUCAUCGCCAGGAGCGGGAAAGAUCACGUCUAAUUUAUGUGCGGGGCUGCAUUGCCAAUGGCAUUGAGGAAUGGGAAGAGCUUAUGAUAUCCAUAGAGUUGACCUGUUUGAAAUCGGAGUAUGUUAAUUUCUAUUCAGAUUCCCAGGAUAAGCCAGGUGAAGGGGAGGAUGAAAAGCCAUGGCUGACACAAUUGAAAAACGACAACCUAGACUUGUAUUUACUUAAAAAGCUUAGGGCCAAAAAGUACUACAGAGACUCGCUCUACAUACAGACCUAUACUCUAAUGUGUGAUAUUGCUGAGAAUAUCGUGUCGAUUAUAGAGAGCACAGAGUUCAUUUGAGGAUUGCAGGGUUAUAACUUUAGUAUGGACACAGUGACAAAUCCCAUAAAGUGUCCAACGAAAUUGUACAAAGUGCAAUUGUUUUAUACUUUUAUACUAAGUUGGAGAAUAGACACGCAUCAAAAUUGUAGCAUACUUUUAGACAAAGAGUGACAAAAUUUAUAAUAUGUCAAUAAAUAUUUUUGUAUAACAGUUUCA